AUGGAGCCGGGAUUCAACUGCUCUGAGCUCUGCGAUGGCAGCUCCAGUUUUGGCAGCCGGGAGCAGCAGCAGCGGGCACUGGAGGAGCUCUGCACCGUCACGGUGACAUCUUCUGACCGCAGUGGGAAGAGCUCCCCGUCCUUCUCUGCUGCUCUCGUGGGAGUCGUGUGGACGUUCCUGACUGGAGGAGUCCUGCUAGCGCUCUUUUUUCUUGUCUUCACAAUUCGCUUCAGGAAAAACAAGAUCGUGAAGAUGUCCAGCCCCAAUCUGAACAUUGUGACCCUGCUGGGCAGUGGCUUGACUUACACUAGUGCUUACCUCUUUGGGAUUCAAGAGCAGAGCCUGCCAUCCGGAGACUCGGUGGAAAAGCUUAUUCAGGUGCGGCUCUGCCUGCUGUGUGUGGGGACCUCCCUGGUGUUCGGCCCCGUCCUGGGGAAAAGCUGGCGGCUCUACAAGGUGUUCACCCAGCGGGUGCCGGACAAGCGAGUGAUUAUCAAAGACCUCCAGUUGCUGGCGAUGGUGGCAGCGUUGGUGCUGGCGGACGCCGUGUUGCUCUUGACGUGGGUGUUCUCUGAUCCGGUCCAGUGUUUCCGAAGCCUCAGCGUCUCACUGCGGGCGACAGAGAAAGGCAUGACCUGCUCAGUGAGCCGGGUGCAGUCCUGCGCGUCUCUUUAUUCUGAUCUUUGGCUCGUUCUCAUUUUAGGGUUUAAGAGUAUCCUCCUCCUAUAUGGGACCUACUUGGCCGGUCUGACUGACAACGUCAGCUCCCCACCAGUCAACCAGUCCUUGACGCUCAUCGUCGGGGUCAACCUCGUGUUCCUGGCUGCCGGCACUGUCUGCUUACUUCACCGUUUCUUCCGCGCUUGGCACAACUUGCUGUUUGGUUUCACCUCUGGAGGCAUCUUCGUGUGUACAACUACGAUCAACUGCUUCAUCUUUGUCCCACAGCUCAAGCAGUGGAAAGCCUUUGAAGAAGAAAGCCCAACCGUGAGCCACAUGGCAAAAUAUUUCACCAGCCCGAGCAGGAGCUGCCGCUCGGUGUACAGCGAGGAGCAGCUCUACCAGCUGAUAGGGGAGAAAAAUUCCAUGAAGCGGCUGCUCACCGAGAAAAACGCCGUGAUUGAAAGCCUGCAGGAGCAAGUGAGCAGCGCCAAGGAGAAGCUGAUGAGGCUGAUGUCUGGGGGGCACCCUCCCCGCUUGGCGGGUACACCGCCUCUUUGCAGCGAUGCUCAGGACCUCCAGAAACCUGUGACCCAUGAGCCUGUUUGCUCUCGGGCGCUGCUUUUUGACAUGGGAGACGGCAUCGAAUGUGGCCUGAAAGGUGCUCAGGAGUGUGGGACACCUGCAGGGCAGGGGCAGCCUCCGGAGCAGCUGCUGGGCCAGGACAUCUCAGCUGGCAUGACCCGGGAGUCGUCCCCUAAAGUCAGCUAUGUGAGUAGCGAGAAGCUGCGGGAAAUCUUGCAAGAGCUGAGCCUGGAUGGCAAAACCUACAGCUUAGCCUCACCUGGGGGUCCCCUGUGCAGCAGCCAGGGCCCCCAAGGCGAGCAGGCAGGAACAUGGGGGGUCCAGGAGGGCUACCCGGGCAUCUGCACACCCCUCAGCCCCUACCUGGCAAGGCGGCGACGGAGGAUCCUGCUGCCCCCCACCUCCACCCGCUACCCCGGACAUGUGUCCCCUCGUUCCAGCCUCAGGGUGAAGGAGGCAGGCAGCCGGGGCUGUGGGGAGUUGGCACGUAUCUCCCUGGGGAGGGAAGGCGAGAUGGCUGGCGGAGGGCUCCACCCACCAGCACCGUCCCCUCCAGCCAUCCCUGGGGAGGUCUGCCUCCAGCCAGAGGGAUGGCCGGAGCCCCAGGGCACUUCCCCGUUUUUCGGGUGGGAGCAGCGACAACGGCAGGGUGCCUUGAGGGGACCCGCUGAGCCCUCCCUGCGCUCGCUGUACUAUUACCCGGACUCUGACUCCAGCAGCAGCAGCUCCGAGGAGAUGUUCCACGGCUGCCACCGGCCCUGCUGCGAGGUCUGCUUCCAGAGCCCGCGCGGCUCCCUGGGCAGCAGUAGCACAGACACGGACACGGAGCCCAGCAGCUGUGCGGGCCACUGGACAGAGCACCGGGGCCCCAGCCUGUGGUGA